AACCAAAAAACACGAAGAAUCACAGUGAAAAAAAAGGUUCAUUAUUAUGUAUUGAAUGGCGCAGACUGUGUCAACUUCUUCACCUUGUUCCCUCGUGAACCCACUUUGUGGCUUAUUACUCACAUAACCAUCCAUUUUUCUUCUAUCCACUGGAACAAGACUAAGCUAGAGAUGGCGAUGGCGAUGGCGAAACAGCUUUGCCAUUUUCACCAUUUCUUCUUCGUUUUGCUCUUCUUUCUUGCCACCCGCCGUACACAUCAGUUACAACAUUCUCAGUCUUAUGCCCUUCUGAAAUUCCAGAAGCUUCUGGGGUACCCAUCAGCUCUAAGCAGCUUGAGAAGUACGAGAGAUUUCUGCAACAUCGAGCCCACCAGCUAUUUGACAAUAGUCUGCUAUGAGGACAAUGUAACGCAGCUUCAUGUUGUUGGUGAUAGUGGGCUUUCUCCUUUGCCUCAAAAUUUCUCUUCAGACUCUCUGUUUGCCACUUUGGGCACUCUUUCGAGCUUGAAAGUACUUUCUCUGGUUUCUAUGGGUGUCUGGGGUCCCAUACCUGAAAGCAUUUCUCAACUGUCUUCUCUGGAGAUUCUCAACAUUAGCUCAAAUCAUUUUAGUGGAGCCAUCCCAAACCAACUUUCUCUGUUGAAGAAUCUGCAAUCGUUGGUUCUUGGUGAUAACGAUUUCACAGGUGAAAUUCCCACGUGGAUAGGUUCGCUUCAAGGUUUAGCUGUGCUGAGUAUGAGAAGAAAUUUUCUUAGUGGGUCUGUACCAACUUCAGUUAAUGAUCUCCAAACUCUGAGGGUGCUGGAUCUAUCAAAUAAUCAUUUACAAGGUGAACUGCCCGGCCUUAGUAAUUUGAAAAAUUUACAAGUUCUUAAUCUGGAAAACAACACACUGGGACCCCAUUUUCCUUCUCUACCCACCAAGUUAGUUUCAUUAGUGCUUAGAAAUAACAGCUUCCGGUCUGGUAUACCUUCAAACUUAAGCUCUUACUACCAGCUUCAAAAGCUGGACCUUUCAUUAAAUGGAUUUGUGGGACCAUUCAUACCGUCUUUACUUUCUCUGCCUUCCAUCAAAUACCUGGAUGUUUCAACAAAUAAAUUUACUGGGAUGCUAUUCAGUAAUUAUUCUUGCAAUUCUAAUAUCCUUUUUGUGAAUCUAUCCUCAAAUCUCUUGAAAGGAGAACUUCCCAGUUGUUUGAAAGCAGAGAACGAAGUGGUUGCUUUGUAUGCUAGGAAUUGUUUUUCAAAUGAGGAUCAACAUCAGCACCCUCCCACCUUCUGUCAAACUGAGGCUCUGGCAGUGAAUGUAAUGCCUCAUGAACAGAAGCAGAGAAAAAGAACAACUGGUAAAGCGGUUCUUGUAUCAAGCAUGGGAGGAAUUGUUGGAGGAGCCCUUGUUUUUGGAGUGGUUUUUUUGGUCGUUGCACGAGUAAACAAAAAGGGCUCUGUGAAAGCACCUGAAGGAUCAACAUUGGAGCAAGUUAAAAGCCAGAUGAGUGAAAAGGAUGAUGAAGCUAAAACUCCCAGAACUGUUCUAUCAGUAAUGGAGAAUAUCAUCAGCCGAGUCCCUAAGCCUAACAAGGAAUCUGUGAGAACAAUUGCACGAUCGAUGAUGGAGCAAGUUGUUAACAGGGUUCAUCACAGACAUGUGAGACCUGCAAGGUCCAUAGUAGAGCACGCCUCAUCAGUGAACACAGCAAAACUGCUCACGGAUGCAAGGUAUAUCUCCCAAACGAUGAAGAUGGGUACCAGCCUUCCUGCUUAUAGGACGUUUGCUUUGGAUGAACUCAAGGAGGCCACAAACAAUUUUGAUGCAUCAUGUUUUAUAAGUGAAGGUGCGCGUGGUCAGAUCUACAAAGGGUCACUCUCUGAUGGAACUCAGAUUGCUGUAAGAAGUUUGAAAAUGAAGAAAAGACAUGGCCCUCAGAGCUAUAUGCAUCACAUUGAAUUGAUUUCGAAACUGAGGCACCCACACUUGGUCAGUGCUCUAGGACAUUGCUUUGAGUGCAACAACGAUGAUCCAAGUGUCAGCAGUAUAUAUCUCAUAUUUGAGUUUGCACCAUAUAAAAGUUUAAGAGGCUGCAUAUCCGCAGGACCUUCUGGAGCAAAGCUUUCUUGGGCACAGAGAAUAGCAGCUGCAAUUGGAGUUGUUAAAGGCAUUCAAUUUUUGCACACUGGGACAGUGCCUGGAUUGUACUCAAAUAAUCUGAAGAUAACAGAUAUUCUACUGGAUAACAAUCUCAAUGUCAAAAUAUGCAGCUAUAAUCUUCCUCUAUUGGCUGAAAAUAAGACCGUGGUGGGGAAUGGAACUUUUUCCUCUGUAGUUAAAGGAAAUGUUCAAGCAAGGACAAAGGAUGGCGAUAAAAAUGAUGUCUACGAUUUUGGUGUAAUCUUACUUGAAAUCAUUCUAGGACGUACAAUCCUGUUCCAUAAUGAAGUUGGAACACUAAAGGAUCUCUUACAAGUAAGCCUAGCAACUGAUGAUAUAGCUAGAAGGAGCAUUGUUGAUCCAGUAAUUCAUAAGCAAUGUUCAGAUGAAUCAAUGAAGAGGAUGAUGGAGUUAUGUGUGAGAUGCGUCUCAGAAGAUCCUACUGAUAGACCUUCUGUGGAAGAUGCUCUCUGGAAUCUGCAGUUUGCGGCACAGGUUCAGAAUUCAUGGGGAAGAGACUCCAUUGAUACUGGAGAAUCACCUGCUUCACCUGCCCAAGAAACACAAAGUUCCUAAAUUGCAUGAUCAUAAGUACAAGGACUGAGGAACGUGUUCAUAUAUGGUAUUAAGAAUGUAGUGACUUGUAGUUAUGGAUAAAAUGAUAUCAGAGCGUUGAAGGACAAGUUCAGGGAUGAAUUUUUUAUGUUUAAUCUAGAUGGUGUUCAUAUGUGAAUUCUGUUUCUAUACCCA